AUGCAUUGUGGAGAAUUAUUCUUGAUACUCUGUGUUCUCAUUGUUAAAAGUGCCUCAAAGAAUUGCAUUCACCGCCCACAAAUUCACACGAUAGAGGGGGAGCCUUUUUAUCUGAAGCCUUGUGGCGUAUCGUCAUCCGUGCACAAGAAUGGAACAGCCACUAUACGAUGGUUCAAAGGCAACGCUUCACAUGGAUACAGAGAGCUGAACACUGAGAGCUCACCCAGAAUUACUUUGAAUAGUUAUGAUUUGGAAUUCUGGCCAGUUGAGCUGGAGGAUGAGGGAACAUACUUUUCCCAAGUGGGAAAUGAUCUUCAAAAUUGGACCCUAACUGUCAUCAAAAGAAAUGAACAUAGCUGUUUUUCUGAAAAACUUGUGAAAAAUAGAAAUGUAGAAGUCAAGAAAUCUUUGCAGAUAACAUGUGAAAACCCCAACUACAGUGAGCCGACCAAGCACACAUCGCUGUAUAAGAACUGUAAGGAAAUAGUCAAACCUCCAAUGGUCCAGAAGGAUGCUGAAUUUGGAGAUGAGGGCUAUUACUCUUGUGUGUUUUCUCUCCGUCACAAUGGGAAACAGUACAACAUCACCAAGACCAUCAAUAUAACAGUUACUAAAGGGAACAGUAAAAUAACUCCAGCUAUUUUGGGACCAAAGUUUGACACUGUUAAAGUAGAACUCGGAAAAGAUGUGGAACUUAACUGCACUGCUUUACUGAAUAAAAAUGAUCUAUUUUAUUGGAGCAUCAGGAAAGAAGACAUAUCAAACCCUAAUGUGCUUGAAGACACAAACAAGACAACUUGGACUUCUGAAGGCAAACUGCAUGCUUUUAAAAAACUGAGAAUUCGGAAUAUUAAUGAAAAGAAUCUCAAUGUUUUAUAUAAUUGUACAGUGACCAAUGAGGAAGCCACAGACACCAAAAGCUUCAUCUUGGUGAGAAAAGAGAUAGCUGAUAUCCCGGGCCAUGUCUUUGUGAGGGGCAUAAUCGUGGCAGUUUUCAUCUCUGUGGCAGUAGUGUGUGUGGUGACUUUGUGUGUCAUUUAUAAGGUUGACUUAGUUCUAUUCUACAGACGCUUGGUGGAAAGAGAUGAGACAUUAACAGAUGGCAAGACAUAUGAUGCUUUUGUGUCUUACCUGAGAGAGUGUCAUCCUGAGAAUGGAGAAGAAUACACUUUUGCUGUGGACACUCUACCCAGGGUCCUGGAGAAACAAUUUGGAUACAAAUUAUGCAUUUUUGAAAGAGAUGUGGUGCCUGGUGGAGCUGUUGUUGAUGAGAUCCAUUCACUGAUAGAAAAAAGCCGGCGGCUAAUCAUCCUCCUGAGCAAAAAUUACCUGGCUCAUGGAACCAGGCUGGAACUUGAGAGUGGACUCCACAAGGCGCUGGUGGAGAGGAAGAUUAAAAUUAUCUUGAUCGAGUUUCCUCCAGCCAGCAGCUUCACUUUUCUGCCCCCAUCGCUGAAGCUUCUGAAGCCCUACAGAGUUCUGAAAUGGAAGGCUGACAACUCACUUUCUUAUAACUCGAGGUUCUGGAAGAAUCUUCUUUACUUGAUGCCGGCAAAACCCAACAAGCCAUGGAGAGAAGAAUCUGAAGCACUGACAGUUCUUUCAGCACCUUGGUCUUCAACAAAGCUCCAUGUCAGAACUGAAGGGAACUGAACUGAGCUGGACUGAGCUGAGCUGAGCUGAACUGAAGCCCUGCUUGAGGCCCUGCGUGUGCCUAUUCACAACAGGGACUGUCACUCAAAAUACCGAAUUCUGUGAUCAUCUCUCCGACUCCCAGUUAGAAGAUUAGAUCUGUCAUUGGGUCAUCAUAGAGGAAACAAAACCUGAACUCCUAGAAGACCUUGGGAUUCACAAGAAAUCAGUCUGUUAAUCUUCCUUCUCCUCAAGCAGUGGUUCUCAAUCUGUUGGUCCCAAACCUUUUAGCAAAUCUCUAUCUUCAAAAAAGUUACACUAUAGUUCAUAACAGUGGCAAACUUACAGUUAUGAAGUAGCAAUGAAAAUAAUGUUAUGGUUGGAGGCCACCGUAAGAUGAGGGACUGUAUUAAAGGGUCUAAGCUUGAGGAAGGUUGAGAACCAGUGCCCUAAAGUUAUCUGCACUCUACCCCCACAUUCAGUAAAGGUGGGACGAGACACACAAGCUGAUUUAUGCCACACAACAAG